AUGCCAGUCCAACCCGAUAACCCAGAGCCCGCGCACCACGACGUCGACUCGAUGCUGUCCAGGAAGUUCGGCAAAGAAGUCGCCAACUACUUCUCCGGCUCGCCACUCAACAGAGUUGGCUUCCUUCGCGGCGACCACAAGUUCUUAUCGCAAGCAUUGAAGCACGCUUCAACAUCAUUCCUGCUCUGCAACGACCUGCAACCUCUCGUCCAACCGAAUGCGAAGCCGGGCAAGGGCAAACUUCAAUACGUCAAGUACGAGGAUGUGAAGCCAAUCAUCGGCGAGGAUCCUUUCGAUCUGAGCGAAGAAGAUAUGAUCAAGGCGUACGAUAGCAAGAAGUACAUCCCACAGAUGAUAUUCCUGGGAAUUGAUGAGAAGGCAAAAGAUGGAUUAUCAUAUCAAGGCAAGAAUCUAUACAAAGGCGCGCCAUACUUCGCCGUCGAUGUGACGCCUAGAGAGCACGUCGAAUCGGAAUGCCAGAAGCUCAUACAGCGACUGAAGAACCAUCACGGUUAUGAUUUCGGCAAGGGUCGUGUGAUGGAUAUUGACCCCUCAGACGCCGCUAUCUAUGCAGAAGCACGCCAGCUCCUCGACUGGAAUGCUCGCAAUCCAUUCUGUGCAGCAUGUGGACACAGGACACUCAGUGUCAACGCCGGCUUCAAGAGAACAUGUCCGCCGACAGAUAAAGCCGCGGCAAUAGAAGGACAAAACUCGUACGAGAGACCAGCAUGUGUGACGCGAACUGGAAUCUCCAAUCUUUGUUUCCCUCGAACAGAUCCUACGGUCAUCAUGGCCGUGGUUUCCUCAGACGGCACCAAGAUUCUUCUCGGGAGACAAAAGCGUUGGCCCCCGUAUUGGUACUCCACGCUCGCGGGCUUCGCUGAACCAGCGGAGUCGAUCGAAGAAGCUGUUCGGAGAGAAGUCUACGAGGAAGCUGGAAUUCUGGUCGGACGGGUUGUCAUUCAUAGCACGCAACCCUGGCCCUACCCGGCAAAUUUGAUGAUUGGUGCCAUUGGACAAGCGAUACCGACGGGAGAGACGAUUGAUCUUGGGAACGAUCCGGAGCUUGAUGAUGCGAAGUGGUUCCCGUUCGACGAGGUGAGAGAAGCGCUCAGAGUGGGAACGAGUGGGUUGGGCGAGGAUUCUGGGCCUGAGUAUAAGGAAGGUAAUUUGAGAUUACCGCCGAGCACUGCUAUUGCAAACCAGCUUAUGACGGCUGUGGCGAAUGGCUUUGCUUCUGGGGAGUCGAAGAUGUAGAGUGCUGAUGGACGGAAGUUGGACACCCGCAUGACGACACAGAGGUUUGUAGACGAUGUAGAGGAAGCGGCAGCAUGAGUAUAGUGUUGAAGAAUUCACGCUCAAUCCCAAAUACCACA